UUUGCAAAAUCAUAGCCAGUUGCUUAGGUAACUGUUUUUUCGUGUUUAAUGUGCUUCAUUGUUUGUUCCGUGUUGAAUAAGCAUGGAGCAAGUGUGGAAGUUCCUCCUCCUCCUGGCCGUGUGUGGACCACACUCCAUCACUGGUGACUCCGCCCUCCCUGUGGGUCACCUGCAGCCUCUGGGGGGUCAUCGACCUCCGGAUGUCCCCAUAGAUGAGCUGCACAACAUCCCACAUCCACGGGAAUUCUGGGACAAGUAUGUGAAACAUGACAAGCCGGUGAUUCUGCGGGGUGCCGCCAAAAACAGUCCUGCCUUCACAUUAUGGACAGACGAGUACCUGAGGGACAACUACGGAAAACUAGAGAUUCGUCUUGACGGCAAAAAAGAGAAAAAAAGCGGGAUUCCGAUUGGAGUAAAUGGCAUAGUAGGACGAGACACCAUGGAACACGUCCUGGACACCUAUCAUGACCAAGACGUAGAUGUGUACGUCAUUUCACAGUUACCCACCGACAUGUACCAUGAAGUCCUGGUACAGCCUUGUCUCACCUGUGGCUCCUUCCGUAAGAGUCUUGUGGAGAUCUAUCUAUGGAUGAGCUCUAACGGUAGCAGCAGCGUUAUCCACAAGGAUCCCUUAAACACCAUGAACUGUCUGUACAACGGCACCAAACACUGGAAACUGAUCGAGCGCAAGUACGAACCUCUCAUACACAAGCACUGGGAGCCGUCACGGGCGCAUGGUGGGUUCUCAGACGUUAAUGUGCACAAGGUUGAUCUUCUGGAACACCCCAACAUCGCCAAAGUGCGCUGGUCUAACUUCACCACUCAUGCAGGGGACUGUCUGUAUGUACCCAAAAGUUACUACCACCAGGUGGAGUCAGUCGGGGAUAAGAACGUCGCCGUGGCUAUCCUGUUUGCCAGGCUAGAGGAGUUUGAUGACUCUGACUGUGACACACAGAAGGUGGAGUACACACCUCUCAGCGACUUCGAGGUGAUGUGGAAUUGGUCAGGGUUUGGAAACAUGACCAUGGGAUGUAUGGAUUUGGAGAUGCCGGGAAUAAGGCACGACCUGUAUGGCCUCCUGGAACAUAGCGAUGGAAAAAUUACCAAGGAUGGCAUCUUACAAGUACUCAACGUGGUUAUACCUGAAUAUGAUGACGACUUUCGAAUGAAGAAGGCAGAAAGGAGUUUCAAGGCUAUAGAUGUCAACUCUAAAGGCUACCUCACCAGGGAGGAUGUUGAAGCCUUGGACUGGGAUGCGCUCAGGGCCUACGCACUGGAAUUCGAAAUCUCGAAUCCUUCCAACACAGAGCUGUAUGAAUACUCCAUCAACUCACCUGAUGAGAUCCGGUACAUUAUGGAGCUGCUGGCUAAGGAUAAUGGCAAGAUGACCAGAGCCGAAUUCGUUCAUCUCUACACGACCGUACUUCAUGGGACUGAAACCUAUGCAACAGAGAUUUUUGACCGGCUGGUUGAGGACCUUGAUGGAGAUGUAGUCCAUGCUCAGGACCUGACGGAGGAGAGGAUGGAGUACGCCCUGGAAAACUGGCUCAUCCGGGACGAACCGGAGAUGACUCCGGAGAUGGACGUGGGAUUUUAUGAGAGGAUGAAGGAACUUGGACAGUAUAUUGAUGUUCCAAAUUUUGGCGGUGAUGCUAUAGAGCAUACUGAGCUUUAGCUUCACUGGUAUUCAAACAUAUCAUUGUUCGGUUGUCAUCACAAGAAAACGCGUUAGACAAGUACAUAAUACCAAAAAUAGUACCUGAACUUGUUACAUUGAAUUUAGCUUCUUUUUACUUGCAACUGGUGGUACGUAAAUAAGUAACACUGAUGUACACUAGCUAAUUACUUUCCUACGCAAAAUAAUAAGUACUCACUUUAUAUUUCACAGUAAAUAUUAUGUCGCAUUCUUGAGUGUAUAUUGUUUUAAGUUGGUUAAAGUAUGCCAUAAUCACUUCUAUCACUAAUGAUGUCAUGAGGGAUUAAUGAACUUAGGAGCUGCAAACGCACGUAGAUAGGCUUUUCUGGGUGUAGUUUUAUUUGGAAGAUGGAGUGUAUGAGAUUAUAUGUUCGGUGAAAGGACAAGUACAUCGUACCUAAAAUAGUACCUGAAUAUGUUGCAUUGAAUUUAGCUUCUUUUUACUUGCAACUGGUGGUACAUAUCACUGAUAUAAACUAAUUACUUUCACACACAAAAUUAUGUGUACUCACUAUAUUUCUCACAGUACAUAUUAUGUUACAUUCUUGAAUGUAUAUUGUUUAUGUUGGUACAAGUCUAGCCUAAUAUCACUAAUAAUGCCAUGAGGGCAAAAUCAACUGAGGAGCUGCAAACGUACGUACAUGAAGAUAGGCUUUUCUGGGUGUACUUUUAUUUAGAAUAUGGGCUGCAUAAGAUAAUGCAUGAUACUUAGAGGUGAUUAUAUGUUCGGUGAAAGUAAUCAAUUUUUUUUCGAAAUUUAGGUGAAUGAAAUAAAGCUAUAUG